CUCACUCUCCCAUGGACACUGGGACUACAUUAAACUGAACCCACCGAAAGAUUCUCUGAACUCCGGCCAAAGAUUCUCUCCGAGAGCGAUGCCGAUGAACCGCGUCCUGCUCGCCGGCGUCCGACGCCUAUCCACAUCGGCAUCGCCCUCCUCCGCCGCCGCCUCGCAGCUACAGGGGGGCAAGCGGUGGGACGCGGUGGUGGUCGGCGGCGGCCACAACGGGCUCGCCGCCGCCGCCUACCUCGCGCGCGCCGGCCGCUCCGUCGCCGUCCUGGAGCGCAGGGGCGUCCUCGGCGGCGCCGCCGUGUCCGAGUCGGGCCUCGUCCCGGGGUUCCGCUUCUCCCGCUGCAGCUACCUCCUCAGCCUCCUCCGCCCCUCCCUCAUCCAGGAGCUGGAGCUGGAGAGGCACGGGCUGAAGCUCCUGCCGCGUAGCCCGUCGUCGUUCACGCCGUGCCUGGACGGCAGGUACCUGCUUCUCGGCCCGGACGCGGAGCUGAACCACUCGGAGAUCGGCAAGUUCUCCAAGAAGGAUGCAGAGGCAUACCCAAGGUACGAGGAGCAGCUGGAGAAGUACUGCAAGCUCAUGGACUUCGUCAUAGACUCGCCUCCGCCGGAGCUGAGGCAGCUGUACCAUGCAUCCAUGGUCGACAGGAUGAAGGAUAAGGUCGACAAGUCGGUGUUCUGGAGCAAGCUUGUUGGGAUUGUGAUGCAGCAGGGGCAGAAGGACAUGGUGAACUUCUUCGACCUUCUUCUUUCUCCAGCAUCGAAGGUCUUGAACAACUGGUUUGAGGGUGAAGUAUUGAAGGCGACUCUGGCAACUGAUGCUGUAAUAGGUACUAUGGCUGGUGUGAACACUCCAGGAUCAGGAUAUGUUCUCCUGCACCACAUCAUGGGUGAAACUGGUGGUCAACGUGGUGUUUGGGCGUAUGUCCAAGGUGGUAUGGGCUCAGUGUCAUCAGCUAUAAGCAAAGCAGCUCUUGAAGCAGGGGUACAAAUUGUAACAAAUGCUGAGGUUUCCCAAAUUAUGGUUGAUGAAACUACUGGAAAGGUACAAGGGGUAGGUUUGGCUGAUGGUACAGAGUUGCACUCAUCAGUUGUGUUAUCAAAUGCAACACCAUAUAAAACCUUUGUGGACCUAGUGCCUGCCAAUAUUCUUCCAGAGGAGUUCCUCUGUGCUAUCAAGACAGCAGAUUAUAGCUCUGCGACAACAAAGAUUAAUGUGGCUGUUGAUAGGCUGCCACAGUUUAACUGUUGCAAAGGCAUCAACCCUGAAGGUGGCCCAGAGCACAUGGGCACCAUACACAUUGGGUCUGAAAGCAUGGAGGAAAUUGAUCUAGCAUACAAGGAAGCUACAGGAGGUGUAUCAUCCACAAGGCCUGUUAUAGAAAUGACAAUUCCUUCAGUUUUAGAUAAGACCAUCUCUCCACCAGGCCAGCAUGUUAUUAAUCUGUUUGUUCAGUACACACCCUACAAACUUUCAGAAGGCAGCUGGCAGGAUUCUACUGUUAGAAAAUCCUUUGCUGAAAGAUGCUUUUCCUUGAUUGAUGAUUAUGCACCGGGUUUUAGCUCCUCAGUUAUAGGCUAUGAUAUGCUGACUCCACCUGAUCUUGAAAGGGAGUUUGGCCUAACAGGAGGCAACAUCUUUCAUGGGGCAAUGGGCUUGGACUCUCUGUUCCUAAUGAGGCCUGCCAAGGGAUGGUCAGAUUACAGAACCCCUGUGAAGGGGCUGUAUCUCUGUGGAAGUGGCGCGCACCCAGGCGGUGGGGUGAUGGGUGCCCCAGGACGAAAUGCUGCUUCCGUGGUUUUGGAUGAUCUCAAGACAAGAUAGCUGUUGUAAUUCAUGGAAUUGGAAAUUGCAGCUGACUCUAGAGUAGCAUUUUUAAGCACAAGGCCGCAGAAACUGCAAGAUUAUAUGUUGUAAUCUCUUGUAUCGGAAUGAAAACCUUCUUAUUAAACCAUCUCGUACAGACAAUUUUGUCAUGCUUUUUUGUGUGAUGAAAGGGAUGAGACAUGAGAUACAUUUUUCUGAAUUGAUUGGAAUAUAUACACCUUAUGCAGGGCCAUUCUGAUUUUUUAAA